UGCACUGGCUGCAUUAAAGCGUCAACUGUCACUCUUCUCCCAGCUGGAUCCAAUGAAGACAGAAAGUGCAGAUUCGAGGAUGCCAGAGCCCCCUCCACAAGACCCUGGUAUUCCCGAAGGCCUCAAAACAAGCCCCCUAAACACAGAGGCUCUCGGGGAGUUUGCCCAAAACAUGUCAGAGCACAUACUUCGAUCAGUUUUUAGCCAAAAGGAAACAGUAGAACCUGAGGAGUCCAUUUAUAACCAAGAGCACGAAAUGCUAGCUGAGGCGCUAGCAUCCGCAGUGAUUGAGAUCGCUCUGAGUGAAGUGUGUAGAGGAAGAAACUUAAAGGACCACAUGGAGGGUGCUGAAAUAGAGAUGGAGAACAACAAGGGUGAACACCAGUGUUUUGAGGAUAAAUCUAGAAGAGACCAAGAACACCAGACUUCUACCCAGCCUUGCUAUCCACCUCUAUCCCAGUCAGGGCUUCCCGCUGUGGGAUCCCUCGACUACCCCGACGCCCCACCGACCACGCCUCUUCUCCCAGAGCUGGAGAGGAGCAGAAGCAGCUUCGCCCGUAAGCUAAAAGGAGGCCUGGCAAAGGUUUUCCUACCCUCGCCUCCUCCACCAACGCCAAAGGACAAGGAGGACAACGGAGACUCUUUGAUCAGCGACCCUCAUGUGGAACUGAUGGAGCAUCUCAUGCAGUCGCUGUCUACAGAUGAUUUGGGGAGAGGCAAUUUCGAAGUAGCACCUCUGCAUGAACCAACCAUAGAGACUUUUGCACAGGCUCUGUCAUGUGAUAUUACUAAGUGGGUUCUGGCUGCCAAAAAAAGAGAACAGAUGUCACAUGACAGUGAUCUCAACCUACUGGCCCAACAGCUGGCUGAAACCAUUAUCACGUCCUCCAUUGAUGAAGCUAAAGUGCUUAUCUAGGAUUUAAAGUGAUUCAUGGAGUCAGGUAUGAUGAAUAGCCUAUAUAUAUGCACACACAAGCUCAGUCCAUGGACUAUAUAUACAUAAAAGGUGGACAUAGCCACCAUAACACAAUCAGUUUAAUUGUCUUUUGUAGCUAUCUUAGUGUUUUUAAGUCAGACACGAAAAGUGAACCACUUAUUGGUUAACAGCUUAUGAGUAACAAGUCAUUAACCAAUUAGCAUUUCCUGGUUUAUCCACCUUUCUGACUCAAAUAAUGAUGACAAAUUUACAAAGGAAUUUCAUACUCUGUACACUAUGAUGUAAAACUAGCAACUGAGCCUCAAAAAGUUACCAGGUAUUCAGUGACAUCAGAGAGUAUGGAAGUACAUCUAUAAUAGCAGAAGGCUUUUUAGAAACCUGAGUAAUCGCCCCCUGUUGGGCAUCAGAAAGAAUGCAGGUAAAAGCAAGAUAGAUAGACUAUCUCUAGCAUAUACUUCUGUCCUACUCCACAUACUCCUUUGCUACACGAUGACAUGACAAAACAUUCUGUUCUGCAGCACAGGGAGAGAAGAUGCCUGCCACUUUGAGUUCUCUAAGCCACUAAAACACUGUGGAUUGCAGCUUUUGACUACAAUCCUCAGCAAGUCCAUAGUCCUACCCAUUACCAAGCCAGUACUUCUCUGUUGGUCACUCUGUAGACUUAGAAGCUAAAUCUAUCAUUUAUAUAUAGUCUGUGGGGUCUGUUACUGUUAUUUCCUCUAAAGUAGGCAAUACACAUUAUCUUACUCCAAGAUUUGGGAAUUUCAUUUGUUACAGGAGUUAAUAUGAUUCAUUUGCAUUUAAUUGUAAUAUUAUAUUAAUGCUAUUUAUUAAUGAUAACAUAUUAUUAUGAGUUCAACUGUGUAUUCGUUUGUGUUUCUUGUUCAGAAAUGAACUUGUCAUUGAGGUUAAGUGGCAUUUCUGCAUCCUGAAAACUGCUGGAUGAUAAGUAACUGUUACAUUUCAUGAUGGAUUAAAGUACACUGGAUCUGA